AUAUGGACAUUUUGGUGUUUCACCACUUAAAACUAUAUUUCCAAGCGUUUAAGAAGCACUGGUUGUGUCUGAACCUGUUAAUCCCUUCCUUUAAAAUUAAUACUUCCGGGUUUUGCAUACAUUAUUGUAAGUCAACACAGUUCACCUAGUAUCAACGUUUACAAUGAAUUUAUCAUGAUGUAUAAGAAUAGUGCCCCGCUUGUUUUGUUGGAGUUACUAUCACUUCUUAACCUAACUUCAACACAGAACAUACAAAUUGAAGCUCAACCAGCUACUGUAGAUCUGAGACAAGAUGAUCUGGUUAUCCUGUGUUCUGUCACUUCUCCAUCACAGAUUGAAACAGUGUAUACAAUACAGUUAAUGAAAAACAACUCCGGUCCACUACAAAAUGUAGUUUCAGUUCAUUCAAGUGGUGGUACAGAUGUCAUGCCAUGGCAGGACACUGCUUUACUGGGCAGGGCUACAGCAACAGGCAUCGCCAGUUCACCUCAAGCAGCACAGCUAAGGUUUACCAUCCCCAAAGACAACGUUCAGUGUCCAGCAGAUUUCAUAGGAUACAAAUGCACCAUGAAUGGCUUUGGGACUGGUACAACAGGUGUGGUUAAUCAAGAAACAAACCAAAUAUUCGUUUCUUACAGAGUCCAGCCGACACUUAUUGAGAUGCCGCGGGUUCGGAUACUCGGGGAAUUUUCUGACACAGCCCAGAGACAGUUUACAGUUGGGACUGCCCUUCAGCUGACAUGUACAGGACAAACAGGAAGUGACCCAAGGGCUACAAUACGAUGGUGCGCUAAGACUGUAAAUACCUUUACCUUUACGGGACUUCCUCCGACCCCUCUCCACUCCGAAGCCUCCCUUUCAGGAUGUCAGUACACGCGUUCUAGUACCAUCACCUACAACCUGACUAACAGCGACACCUUCACACAGUUUCUGUGUGAAUCUGGGAAUUCUGGUCUCUGUGAGACAGGAACAGCUAAACAAUUCUUCAACCUAACAAUAGAAGAAAAUAUUAGUACUCCAAAAGAAGAAAAUGUUAGUACUCCAAAAGAAGGCAAUAUUAGUACUCCAAAACAAGGCAAUAUUAGUACUCCAAAACACCACAAAAUUGCCAGUGAUGAAAAGGCAGAGAUAAUCGGCAGCGUCGUUGGAGCUGUGGUAUUCAUCGGUCUCCUGGUCACCCUGGUCUUUAUGUAUAGGCGUUAUACAUGCAACUGUAAUAUAGAUUUGAAGAAAAACAGAGGAGACGGCGGUGUAGUUACAACAGAUUCCGAACAAAGCGAAUGUUACAUAAACAUGGCAGCACAAAAUAGACAGACAGAGAGAGACCAUUAUGAACAAUUACCAGAAGAAAGAGCUGAGAAUCAGUACGACCAGGUGUCCGUUCAAGAUACACCAGGAAGUAAUGGGCAAACGUACGAGACCUUACAGGAUUCAGCUGGUGAAAACAAAUAUGGGAAACUUUCAUAUGACAAAGAACAUGCACACCAUUCACCUUCAACAGGGAGCAUAUAUUUCACAUCUAGAGAGUCCAUCUGCCAACCCACAUUGUGUGCAGGAUGACUGUCUCACCCUGUAGUAAGAUCCAUACAAGCUACAAUUCAAAAAGUACCACCGUCCUAACUGUUGAAUGUGAUUUUCCGAAAGACCUACUUUGCCACUUCUGUUGCAGUUCCAAUCCUGAAGCUAUGACCUUUAUAAAAGUUUGUAUUUGGGCCACAAUUUAACUGAGUCACAAUAAAAGAAUGUGGAACUGGUGUGCCAGAUUGAAAGGAGGAAAAAGGCCAUUGUGACAAAACUUGGAAAUAUAAACUUGCGAGGCUUGAACGGGACAUAUAGAUGAGUCCCUACUUGGUGUUAGAGAUAUGGUGAUUGGUUGAUUGUUCUUCAUAUUCUUGAAAUGUCUGAGAACAAUCUGAACACCUUGACCUUUAAUAAAUGAGACAUUAGUUCUCUGAAUGACCUUUGAAACAUGGGCAUUGUCCUGUGGUACUACUUCUCUUAAUCUAAAGAAUCAAUGGAAUGCUGACAAAAUUUGGAGUAAAAUAGUUUUUGUGAUUGUCAUUCUGUUAUCUGGAGAUUUAUUUAAGUUUGAGUACCCUUAAUUAAUACAAUGCUGAGUGGGAUCUGGCACAUUACAAAGUUUGUGAACAUGGCUGAUUGCAGAGACAUGAGAAGCUAUUGUUGAUGGUCAAGAAUUUGUACUAUGUAAAUUGCCAAUAAAAUUGCAUAUGAGUGAUAGGGAACAAGGUAAUUCAAGAACUGAACUCGAUGAACGGCAAAAUUCAUGUAAUGGCUUCCAAUUUCUUAAGUAUGCUUGCUGAGUUGCUGAUGAUAAAGAUGCACAAAGUAACUGUUGACUUAUUGGGCUUAAAUGUAAAUCAUGUGUUGUGGCAGCACUGUUUGCUGGGGUUCUAACCAUGGGGCCAAGGCUAUGGCCUCCUGAAAUUUAAAGCGAGACAAAAAGUCUGGGAUUGUAUUUGAUUUGUUUUGCUUUAAAAAAUUAAAUUUAAGGGCUGCUAAAACUGAAUUAGCCUCACAAUAUUUUUUUCGUUGCUUAAUUGUUGAUUAUUCACACAACCGCCAUAUUGCCUGAGAAUAAUAAUAUUUUGUGAUUUUUCAAUUUCUGCCCCCAGAUUUAUAAUGCUUAAACAAUGAGGAAGAGUUCUUUAAUUGUUAUUUGAUAUGGCUGAUGAUCGUCAAGCCAAGAACCAGAAAACCAGCUAUUGCUGCAAAAUUAAUCUCUCAGUCAAGAUUGCCAAUACAACGGAAUGAAGGCGAUACAGGUUAAUGCUGAUUGGUCAAUAAAGAAAUUGGGGUUCCCAACAGGGUAUCUUUUAAAAACAAUAAGGCUUCGAAGGGAUAAUCAAUAUUAAUACAAAAUGUGUAUAUAAAACAAUUUAUUGUGCCAAUAAAUGUUUAUUGUUCAUAUUCUGUAUUUUAAAAAAAACUUCGAAAGUAUCACGAAUUUACAUAGCCAUUUUAAUGAGUAAUGGAUGAAAGAUCGUCUAGAGUGUUAAGCUGGUUUUGUGUAUAAAAUGUAAAAAAUUUCCUUGUAGGUACAAGUGCUGCUGGACCAAACAUGUUGUAUGAGAACUAAUUCCGUGUAUCUUCCUGUGGAUUUUCUUUACACUUGUUGAAGCAUGAAGAAAUCCUUAUAGAAGAGUGGCACAUGUUGAACAAUAUGAAAUGUUAUUGUUUUUUUUAGGUAGUUGCAAUGUAGCAAAUAUAAUUAUAAUAGCUAUUUAUGAAAUUAUUAUAUGAUUAGUUCGCACCAGUUUAAAUACCAAACAUUGAUUUUAA